UGGUAUGAUUUAAGCAUGACAAUAAUGAGAUAGGAAUCAUACUAUUAUUCCAUUUUUACAGGUGAAGAAAUCAAGGUCUACAAAAGAAAUCAAAUAAUAUGUCCAAAUUCAUAUGGGCUUUGAUUUUUGAACUUUCAAAUUUUUGUCUUUGCUUAAUACCUUUUGUUUUAAAAUAAUUUGACUCAUAAGAAGUUAAAAAAAGAAGUAAAAUGAAUGACUAUGCUAUUUUCAGGCAACUUUCCCCAAUGAUUAUAUAUAACUUAACCUAGUACAUUGCCAAAAUCAGGAAAUUGACAUUGUUUCCAUACCAUUAACUUAGGUUCAGACCCUAUUCAUAUUUCUAAGGAUUUUACAUGUACAGAUGUGUUUGAAUGUAUGUGUGAUGUGUGUGUAUAGAUCUAUGAAGUGUGGAUUUAUGUAACCAUUACCAUUAUCUGGAUGCAGAACUGCUCUAUCACCACAAACAAAGUACAUGUUUUCACGUUAUCCCUCACUAAUCAUAUCUUCCAGCCAACCCUAACCCUUGGCAGCUACUGUUCUGUUCUCCAGCACUGGGAUUAUGCUAUGUAAUUCAGGUAUUUUUUUUGAAACCAAGCUUAUGAUGUUGCUAAAUAAAUAAUAAUGUUUAUAAACUAUUAUUUUCCAUCUUUAUAAAUGGCAUACUGUAGCACAUAUUCCAAUGUGCUAUACAUGUAUAGGUGAGCCAAAGUUUGAACAUCGAUCUAAGUGCACAAACAUAAAAAAUAUUGUAUGCUUUUAUCAUAAUAUCUCUAUUUGUAAUCUUUUUCCCCAAAUACUAGUAGUAGUGAUGUUUGCUUUCUCUUAUUUAAACUAUCAGAAUCUUUAAACUUUCUCUUAUUUAAACUAUAGUCAUUACUAAUUGAAAGUAUGUUUGAAUACUGCCUGAUUCCACUUACACAAGAUAGAUAUAUAUAUCAGUCAUAUCUAUGUGUGUGUAUAUAUUUAUAUAUAUGUCAGUCAUAUAUAUGUGUGUGUAUAUAUUUAUAUAUAUGUCAGUCAUAUAUAUGUGUGUAUAUAUUUAUAUAUAUCACAUACACACAUAUAUAGAUGGAGUUAGGUCUAUGAUCUCUAUAUAUUUAUAUACACACAUAUGUAUUUUUAAACUAUUACAGGAAGCAAAUAGUACAGUUGAUUUCAUAUAACAAGAGUUAUUGGAUAUAUAUGGGCAAAAGUUAAUGCAUAUGGGCAAAUAAAUUGAUGAACUUACAGACUCAUUUAUUUGACAUAUAUUUAUUGUGUGGUCUCUAUUGAAUGCUGGUUAUCUUCCAGGAGCCUAAAAUUCAGCAGUGAAUGUAACAGGCUCAAAUCCUUGUCCUCAAGUGGCUAAUAUUCUAAUCGAGGGAGAAGACAAUAAACAAAGUUAAUAAGCAAAAUAUUCAACAUACUAGUUGAUAGGAAGUUCUUUGGUGAAAAAUAAAGUAAGAGGAAAAGAAUGAGAGGAAGCUCUAAAAGCAACUGAAGAUUUACAUGAAGAAGCUGCCCAGGCGUUGGCCCAGAGUGAGAGGAAGCACCAUGAGUUCAACAGGCAGGUCACAGUUCAGUGGAAAGAAAAGGAUUUCCAGGGCAUGUUGGAGUGCCACAAAGAGGGCGAGGCCCUCCUCAUCCUCAACCUGGUGACAGACUUGAAGCCCCAGAUGCUGUUGGACACAGUGCCCUGUCUCUCCGCCUACCUCCUCUACAUGUGCAUCCGGCUCGCGGACCAAACCAACGAUGAUCUCAAGGUGCACUCCCUGAUGACCUCCACCACCAACGGCACUAAGAAAGUCCUGAAGAAGCACAGUGAUGACUUUGAGAUGACGUCAUUCCUGUUAUCCAACACCUGCCACCUUCUUCACUGUCUGAAGCGGUACAGCGGGGAUGAGGGCUUCAUGACUCAGAAUACGGCAAAGCACAACGAACACUGCCUUAAGAAAUUUGACCUCACCGAAUACCGUCAGGUACUGAGCGACUUUUCCAUUCAGAUCUACCAGCAGCUCUUUAAAAUUGCCGAGGGUGUGUUACAGCUGAUGAUAGUUUCUGCCAUGUUGGAAAAUGAGAGCAUUCAGGGUCUAUCUGGUGUGAAGCCCACUGGCUCCCAGAAGCACUCCUCCAGCAUGGCAGAUGGGGAUAACUCAUACCGCCUGGAAGCUAUCAUCCGCCAGAUGAAUGCCUUUCAUACAGUCAUGUGUGACCAGGGCUUGGACCCUGAGAUCAUCCUGCAGGUAUUCAAACAGCUCUUCUUCAUGAUCAACCCAGUGACUCUUAAUGACCUGCUCCUGCGGAAGGACGUCUGCUCUUGGAGCACAGGCAUGCAACUCAGGUACAAUAUAAGUCAGCUUGAGGAGUGGCUUUGAGGAAGAAACCUUCACCAGAGUGGAGUAGUUCAGACCAUGGAACCUCUGAUCCAAGCAGCCCAGCUCCUGCAAUUAAAGAAGAAAACCCAGGAGGAUGCAGAGGCCAUUUGCUCCCUGUGUGCCUCUCUCAGCACCGAGCAGAUUGUCAAAAUUUUAAACGUUUAGCCUCCCCUGAAUGAAUUUGAAGAACAGGUAACAGUGGCCUUUAUACAAACGAUCCAGGCACAACUACAAGAGCAGAAUGACCCUCAGCAACUGCUAUUAGAUGCCAAGCAAAUGUUUCCUGUUUUGUUUCCAUUUCAUCCAUCUUCCCUAACCAUGGAGCCAAUCCCAGCAUGUCUCAAUCUGGAGUUCCUCAAUGAAGUAGAUGCAUGUUUAGUCUGAUUCCCGAUGUGAGCAAAAAGGAAGUAUAGACAGUAAAGUAAAUUCAAGGAUCUGUUAAAUCUGGUAAAAGUAGAUCAAACCAGAGAUUGACAGCCUGUGGAGGGUGCUGAACUAUACAGAAUUAGACACAACUAUGGCGUUAUUUUUUGUAUGUACUGCUCAGAAUAAAAACACUUGAAAUGUGGAAGAUUUUAAGUUUGAUUUCAGUCCAACAAAUAUACAUAAUAAUUUAUAGACACCAAGCAGUCCCCAUAGCCAUAUAAAAGAUGCCAAUUCUAUAAAAUGAAGCUGCCGAGUUUUAAUCUUUGCAUAUAACUGGAGAAUGUCCAAAUUGAAAUACUAACUAUAUAUAAGUCACAUAAAUUGCCUUCAAAGGGCUUUUAACAAAUAAUAGUACUAAUAACCAUGAUAAUGACAUAUACUGACAUUUCCCAAAGUUUGCAAACCAUAGGUGUGGUAGAGUUUGUGGUGAGAUGUGUUAAGAACAAAAAUAUGGGGAUGAGACUUCCGAGAAAUGUCCCCAAAAUAUUUUUUAAUGGCUGAUUAUACAAAGACAGCAGUGUAACUGACCUCCAAACCAGACAUUUUGAGUACUGGUUUCUGAAGCAAAAUUAGAAGUGCCAGUCCUCAGUGUCCUCAAACGCUUUUGUGUAAUCUUGGUUUAAUGGAAGAGAUGAUUAAAAUGCUGCUACCUGAAACUCCAAGUGAGAAAGAUGGAAAAAUAAUUUGUGUCUGAUGCUAGUCCAUACACUUUCCAAGUCCCACAAAACUCUCACAAAAAUGUAUAUAAGCUAAAUAUUACAAAAUGAUAACAACUUGUUUUAUUUAUAGAUGUAAAAUCCAAACAAUGUGAAAGCUUUUAAUCUCUUAAUACCAUUAAGCCUCCAGUAAGAGCCUCAUAUAAUGCUCUACUAUUCCAAACAACUGAAUAGUAAAACAAACUAACCUCGCACAUCAGAUUAUCUGAAAAACCUUCAAAAAUACUCAGUUCAGGGAUUACUAUUAUACAAAAGUUUGGGGUUUUUUCAAGAGAAUAAAAUGGCUUAGGUCAACUUUCCCCUUUCAGGUUAUUUUCAACGUUUUUCAAACGUUGUAAUUCAAAAUUGUAAAUAUCUCUCCUAUGAAAUAAGGAUUUUAAAAAAGAGUAAUUCAGUAAUAUAACAGACGUAGAUGUUUGCUGCUCUUAGAAUUUUUUGUUUGUUUGUUUUGGGGCUCUUCAAAAGCAAGCAUUCAGUUAGAAACCCAUAUUAUUCUUUCCACACUUUUUUUUUAUUAUACUUAAAGUUCUAGGGUACAUGUGCACAAUGUGCAGGUUUGUUGCAUAUGUAUACAUGUGCCAUGUUGGUUUGCUGCACCCACUAACUCGUCAUUUCCAUUAGGUAUAUCUCCUAAUGCUAUCCCUCCUCCCUCCCCCCACCACACAGCAGGCCCUGGUGUGUGAUGUUCCCCUUCCUGUGUCCAAGUGUUCUCAUUGUGCAAUUCCCACCUAUGAGUGAGAACAUGCGGCGUUUGGUUUUUUGUCCUUGCGAUAGUUUGCUGAGAAUGAUGGUUUCCAGCUUCAUCCAUGUCCCUACAAAGGACAUGAACUCAUCAUUUUUUAUGGCUGCAUGGUAUUCCAUAUUCUUUCCACACAUUUUUUUUUACUGUCUUUUCCCUAUUUCUUGAUAGCAGUAUGCUGUUUCCAUGAUAAGAACAAAUAGUGUUUGCCAAUCAUAGAAGAACAGCCUCUGUAUUACAUUGAGAAAAUGAGAUUUAUCCAUGGAUUGGAAGUAGAACAGCCUGCCUCCACCCUCCUUUACUCAACCACCCAACUUAAAAGGCUCUAGGAAACACAGCACACUCCAAGCUACCUUCUGUACUGUGCCCUUAGACCACAGCUUCCUCAGUCAUUCUCUGCAUCUCCUGGGGCUUAACCCAGUCUUAGCCUGCGUUGAGGCUGCUGAUAGUUGUGUUCCAAUCAGUUGCCAUGGACAUUAUCCCUUCCACAUCCACAUUAAACAUGCCAGCUUCUCUUGGGUGUCUGCAGAGCUGUGCCUUUUUCUUUCAGUUUCAGUUACAUAAUCACUGACGUCCAUGACACUCACACAUGGAUCCAUGUGCUGACUUCAUUUAGAAAGCCAAUCUAAAACAGCUGGGUUUGUGGCUACCUCUUUAAAGUUGUUUGUGAAGUAUAAUUUGCUUUUUGAUGUACUUUAGUUUGAAACUGAGUCCCUUAUGUAAGGACUGUCCUUAAUCUUAAAAGACCAAAAAUGCCUUGUUAGAGAGUUAAGGAGUUUUGACAUGCAGUGGUUCCACAAAUACAGUGGCUUACUGUCCUUAUAUACUGUCUUACACCAUCAUUCUCUCCAUCUCUCUUGGUCACUACUGUCUGCUGUCACUGGUUAAUUACUAGAUGCCAAGAGCUUACUGAACAAAAGCUUGGCAAUCAGAAUAAAUGGGGAAGGAAGGACCUUAUGAAUUGUCUACUUAGCCUAAGAAACGACAGGUUUAGUUCUUCUCUUCCAAAAGAUACAGGUAUAUCACUGGAAUUGUACUUAAAAUUUAUAGAUGACUAGCAAAUAUAUACUUUAUAUGUACUUAACAUUUAGAUCAAUCUUAUUUAAUACUUGGAGGUUAGAAGAAGCAUCUUUAGGGGAACUAUAUAAUAUUCUGUUAGCAUUUUCUCUGCAUUUUUAAAAAUCAUUUCAUCUCAAACACUUAUCAGCGUCAUGAAAUCAGUAAUGACUCUUAAACAAUUCAACAUAAAGGUUUGAACUCUGUGCUAGAUGUCUGUUUAAUUUUUUAAUAUUUAAAAUUUAGUUCAGGCUUUUCUCACCAGGUGCCUUUAGUGGUGACUAAGAUAACUGACUUCUCAAUUGUUUCUCUGAAAUAAGUGUUGCUGUGGGAAUAAUUUUAAUGUUCAAUGUGAUAUCAUGGUGGAGUUUUGUCUUUUAAAACAUUAGAAGCAUUUUAAAUACUAAGAAUCAAAUAUUUAUAGAUCAAACACUUGUGUUUUAAGUAUUAUACGGGACCUGUUUACAUAUAGUAAAUGUGUAUGUAUACAUGAGUUGUUGCUGAAGCCGACAAGCAUAUUACAUACAUGCAUUUUCCCUGUGCCAUCCUAGUUGCAGUUAGAGUUCUAGUACCUGUAGGCUCUCCUGGGAGGCAGAUUAGACCCAAAGGUAGACAUUUUUCCCUUUCCCUGAAGCAUGAUGGUGGGAGUUGAUUCUUUGAUUUCCUUAGUACCAAACUUUAAGGCUUUUGUAAAAAACAAAACCAAAAAACUAGGAGCUUGGAACAUUUAAAAAUUAACACUGCUACCAUCAAUUCAUCAAAUAUUUACUUAGAACCUUCAUACAUUAAGAUUCUGGUAACCAAUAAAUUAGAAUUUAUUUCUUCUGCAUAAAGUAAAUUUUCAUACACUCGACCUACUGAGACAGCAAAGGUGUCCUAAUUUGAGGCAUUUGUGUAAUGCCUACAUAACUAAAUGGUAACUAAAAUGGGACAGCAUGGGGCAAGACCUUGUAGUUCUUCACAGACUAUU